UACGGUUACCUCAUCGUCGAUCACAUGAUGAUCACAGUCCAGGCGCUAAGUCCUAUUGGGGGAAAUGUGUGAGCCCAUACAGAAGGCGGUCGGUGUUGGUCCCCUCCGCGAUUCUGCCGGCCGAACCCAGCCGCCUUCAGUCAUGUGCCCGCCGUCAACUGACCGUCUUGCAUGCCGUGUGAACAAGUCAACUGAGCGGUUGGAUUGUCUUGACUCCGUACUCUUUUUGCUUUGCAAGAUGGCUUCUCAGGUGUCCGUGCCCAACCCAUCUCCGUCCGGCAAGAUCGACUUGUCGAAAAAGCUCUCGGAGCUUCGAGCGAGUAAUCGCAAGUCUCAAUCGGCGCCCUCCAGAGAGCCUGCCCCCGUCACCCCGCCUCUCACGAAUCCCCCCGAUCUAUCGUCCCAUCAAUAUGCACGACCGGCGCGCCGCAUCUUGUCGAAACAUGACCACGAGCUCUUUCUCUCCUCGCCGACCUAUACCCUAAUCCUUGCGUUCAUCUUCGGUCUCUCCGACUCGGUGCGGGGACGGGCCGCCACCGAUCUCAACCGCCAAACACCCUCUCCCAAUAUCUCCAAGAUCCAGUCGGUCGUGAACAACAUCCGCACGCUCCUAGAACAACAUCCCUCCAUCGAUCAAGGCGGCUCGAGAUUUGGCAACCCCGCUUUCCGCGACCUAUUCGACGAUGUGUCCACGCAAUGCGCCGCCUGGCAUAGGAAUAUUCUGGGAAUACAAGAUGCAGCGGCCGUGGAGGAGGCGUCAUCAUAUCUCAUUCACUCGCUAGGCUCGCGGGACCGACUCGACUACGGGUCCGGACAUGAGCUGAAUUUCAUGAUGUGGCUCUUGUGUCUUCGCCAGAUGUCAAUCUUCUCGAAACCAGACUUCGCCCUGGUUGUUUUCCAAGUAUACGUCAACUACAUGCAUCUGAUGCGCCAGGUGCAAGCCACAUACUAUCUGGAACCCGCCGGCUCCCACGGUGUCUGGGGUCUGGAUGACUACCAUUUUCUCCCAUUCCUGUUCGGCGCCUCGCAGCUUGUCGGCCACCCUUACAUCACGCCGCUGGGCAUCCACAACACGGCUAUUCUCGACGAGGAAGGCGACCAGUACAUCUAUUUGGACCAGGUGCGAUGGGUGGAUAGCGUGAAAAACGUCAAGGGGCUGCGGUGGCAUAGUCCGAUGCUGGACGACAUCUCCGGGGCCAAGAACUGGACCAAGAUCGAAGGCGGCAUGAAAAAGAUGUUCGUCAAGGAGGUCUUGGGCAAGCUGCCGAUCAUGCAGCACUUCCUGUUCGGCAGCCUGUUGCCGGCCGCAGAGGGCAUGGGGGAGAUGACGGAGGACAUGCUGGAUGAACAUGACCAUGACCAUGGCAAUGACCACGCCCAUGCUCAACAUACCGACCACUUUGGCGAUUGCUGCGGCAUCAAGGUGCCGAGUUCGGUGGCGGCGGGAGAAGAGAUGCGAAAACGCGUUGGGGGGACAGGGCUGCGGCCAAUUCCAUUUGACUAGAUUACGCUGGCUUUAUGAUGCAUGAAUGGAAUAUGGUAUUUACUUGGUACAUGAUAAUGGAAAUCACUUUCUCAGGUUGAUGUCUUUGCUAUUUUGACUAACCAGUGCUUUGCAGAUACAUUAGCGUACUGGUGUGCCAAAUCAUAAUCACUUUCAUUUACCUCAUCCACUCCAUUGAUAACCAACGCACAAUCUCAUUACACUAUAAUCAAGAUACACUAAUAACUCAAACAAGCUUCAGAAAGAAUGUCCACUAUUAAGACCACAUCCUUGGAUGGAAUUCAUCACCGUGGCAAAUGACCCUCUCAAUCAAAGACAAUCUUUCAGAAUUUACAACUGAGUCAAAAUAUGAGAAAUAACUUACAGAUAAAACUAAUUGACAAUAUCCAACGCAUAAACAAAGCAAACUCCUUGACUCUUAUCUCAUGAAAAUGAAUACAGGUAUGAGAUGGAUAUCAAUAUCGCAGCUGACAACUUUACUUUACU